CAAAGAUGUCUUUUCUGCAAUAUUACAGCUUUAUUAUAAAUAUAAUUAGACUUAUUGGAACAAAUACCGAAGUUACAUUAGAAAUUGCAACAGAUGUGGUGUUGCUUGGAAAGAAUAUUGUGUUGACAUGUACAGUCCAUGGGAAAGAAAACAUCAACAGACAAACAACAAGACAAUGGUCAAUGGGAAACGAUGACGAACUUUUAUGCUACAAUGGCCGUAUAAAUAAUCGUAGAAAGUACAAAGAAAAUGUUCUUAAAGCAAACGAGUUUAGUCUUACAAUAAUCAAUGUAACAAAAGUGGAUCUGAACAUACUUUACAAAUGUCGUUAUGGAUUUGAUGCAGCAAGUAUAUAUAUUGAAGAAGAUGAACCCAUAUCAUAUUUAUCACUAAGAUUAGUAACAGAUUUAAUAAUAUUUGGAGGAAAUAUCAUGUUGACCUGCGCAGUAAACGGGAUCAACACUGUAGAUAGAAACGUAACGAGGCAAUGGUCAAUGGGAAAUGAUGACCAUCUAUUAAGCUACAAUGGCCGUAUAAAUGACCACAAUAAGUAUAAAGAAACUGUUCCUCAUGGAAAUGAAUUCAGUCUUAAGAUAUUCAAUGUAACAGAAUCAGAUGUAAAUAUAACUUACCGAUGUCGAUAUGGUUUUGAUUCAGCCACAUACUUCAUCGAAAUAAAUAAAUAUAACUAUGUUAAUCCACCGACAUCCAAGUCUACAACAAUAAGGCAAUUCUUGGAAAAAGAAACGGAUAGAAUUCAUAUAUCGGUUUAUCUGAAAAAAGUGUUUCCACUCCCGAAUUGUUCUUCAAAUAUAGAUGUUAGUAUGUAA